AUCACUGACUCCAAACUCCGGCCACAAUGACUACAUUAUCACCAACUGUGUCCUCACCAAGCACAAGCAGCAAAGCACCCCCUUUACAACAAACCUCAUCUCCAACCGAAAAAGCACAUGCAAUUGAUAUCCUUCCUACUCCGGUCGCGCAGGCGUAUUCUCAUAUUCAUCCAACAAUCCUCCUAGGGUUAUACUCUCUCCGAUUCUCUUCGCUGGUAUCCGAUCCGGUCUCAACGCUAUGGAGCGAUUUACCUCUUUACACUAUCAUGCAGGCUGUAUAUGUAGUUACUUGUUUACCGCAAGCUGGGUCUUUGCAGCAACACCAACAUGGCUAUGGACAUGGUGAAACGGGGUCGGGUGAUGCAGGAGAUGUGAAGAAGACGCCAUCAGGAAAAAGGAAAAGACACGCAUCAAGUCAUAAGUCAGAUACGCUGUCUCAGAAAUUUACUGCAUCAUUCAUCUCCCUAACAUUAACCUUCCUCCUUGGAACCCCAGUCCUAUCUAUCCUACUCAUCCUCUUCGGCGCCCCUUUUACAACUCAUACCGCACACACAGUUCUAUGUGCCGCGCACAUGGCACUCCUAACAGUUAUGCCACUGGUAUACGUCCACGGCGUCGACAGUCUCGUCUGGAAACAAGUCUGGGCAUUUGCGCGACCUGCCGAUGCCCUUUGGGGCGGUGCUUUGGGCGCUUGUGUUGGUGCUUGGUUGGGUGCUGUUCCGAUUCCGUUGGAUUGGGACCGUCCGUGGCAGGCAUAUCCCAUCACUAUACUGACAGGAGCAUAUCUCGGGUUUGCGAUUGGUCAGUUGCUUGGUCGGAGUCCUUUGCUGUAUGGGAAGAGGAUAGAAUUUGAUUAGAAGAUUUCUCUAAUUUUCACGCUGGGAAAUACUCACUCUUUGAUUGAAGUAUAUGUAAGAUGUUAAUUUUUAUGUAGCAAAUAGACACAAUGUAGGAUCAGUUCCGCUC